UUUUGUUACACAUUUUAAUGUAAAUCACUUUUGUUUUACAAGAAAGAUUUAAUUGAAAAUACAGUUUAUACCGUUUUCCGGCGAGUUCUACCGCCGUUAGCCGGAGAUGGCCGAUCGGUUCUUUCCAAACGAGAUGCCACCCUUUAUGGCAGAGACAGCAGACCAAAUUCCAUUGACGGACUCUCUCACGGCCCUUCUCUCUCUCCCUUACCAAGCCCUAUCUGCAAAGUUCCAAGAGUCUGCAUUUCACUUGAAACAAUCGGUGGUGAGGGAGACAUGGGGAUCACGUGGGAAGCGUGUGAAGGACUAUACCCUUUACACGGGGGCUCUUGGAACAGCAUACCUGCUUUUCAAGGCCUACCAAGUAACCAAGGAUGGGAAUGAUCUUAACUUGUGCUCUGAGAUUGUUGAGGCUUGUCAUUCUGCUUCAGCAGAUUCUAGCCGUGUGACAUUUCUUUGUGGGCGUGCCGGUGUUUGUGCUCUUGGUGCUGUUGUAGCUAAGCUUACUGGUGAUGAAAGGCUACUUGACUAUUACCUGAGACAAUUCAAAGAGAUUGUAAUACCUCGUGAUUCGCCCUAUGAGCUAUUGUAUGGGAGAACAGGUUACCUAUGGGCUUGUUCAUUCUUAAACAAGCAUAUUGGUAACAACACAAUACCUACUACCCACAUGAGAUCAGUAGUGGAUGAAGUUAUCACGACUGGCAGACAAUUAGGUCACAAGGGAAGAUGUCCUCUGAUGUAUGAAUGGCAUGGAAAGAAAUACUGGGGUGCUGCACAUGGACUUGCAGGAAUUAUGCAUGUUUUGAUGGACAUGGAACUCAAGCCAGAUGAGGUGGAAGAAGUCAAGGGUACCCUACAUUACAUGAUUAACAAUCGUUUCCCAAGUGGCAAUUAUCCCUCCAGCGAAGGAAGUAAAAAUGACCGUCUUGUGCAUUGGUGUCAUGGUGCUCCUGGAGUCACUCUUACCCUUGUAAAGGCAGCUGAGGUUUUUGGGGACAAGGAAUUUUUGCAAGCAGCUGUAGAUGCAGGGGAAGUAGUAUGGAAGAGGGGUCUGCUUAAGCGAGUUGGGAUCUGUCAUGGCAUCAGUGGGAACACCUAUGUCUUCCUUUCUCUUUUCAGCUUGACAGGAAAUGAGGAGUAUUUGUACAGGGCCAAAGCAUUUGCUUGUUUCCUACUUGAUAGGGCACAAAAACUGAUCUCAGAAGGAAAGAUGCAUGGAGGAGAUCGCCCCUAUUCCUUAUUUGAAGGUCUUGGAGGAAUGGCAUAUACUUGUCUAGACAUGGUUGAUCCACAAAUGGCCAAAUUCCCAGGCUAUGAACUUUGAGUCACUGUGAUGAUGUAUAUUAAAUUACACAUAUCUAUCAUGAAAAACUUUGGAAAUAUGAGAAGAAAUUGCAACUU